UUGGCUUUACGGCAUUGGCGGAAGCACUAGCCUGUCUUUAGCUCCAGCCAUCCUCCCGUUCACUGCCAGUGUGGGAUGGAAACCCUAGCUGCAAGCCUGCUAUGGAAACGCUCUUUGCUGUUAUUAUCGUAGUACUGUGGUGACAACAUGCCGUUGAAAUGGAAAAGCGGUUCUCCCGUUAGCUGGAAAUUCCCAGUUCCUGUGCUUAAAACGUCUAGGUCCUCUCCUCUCUCGCCAGCCUACAUAUCCCUGGUGGAGGACGAUGACCCUCACAUGAAAGUGUCCCUUGGGAGUGAGAUGGGCGUCUCCGCCCACCUACAGGCUUCAAAGACAGGAAACACCCGCUUCUUCACGAGCAACACCCAGAGCUCCGUAGUCUUGCAGGGAUUCGACCAGCUGAGGAUAGAGGGAUUACUCUGCGACGUAACCCUAGUGCCGGGAGACGGAGACGAAGCUUUUCCAGUUCACCGUGCAAUGAUGGCCUCCUCCAGCGACUACUUCAAAGCCAUGUUCACAGGUGGAAUGAAGGAACAAGACUUAAUGUGCAUCAAGCUCCACGGCGUUAACCGAAUAGGCCUGAAGAAAAUCAUCGAUUUCAUAUACACAGCCAAGCUCUCCCUUAACAUGGAGAACCUGCAGGACACCCUGGAGGCAGCCAGCUUCCUCCAGAUCCUCCCUGUACUGGAUUUCUGCAAAGUCUUUCUCAUAUCGGGGGUCUCCCUGGACAACUGCGUGGAGGUGGGCCGCAUCGCCAACACGUACAACCUCACCGAGGUGGACAAGUACGUCAACGACUUCAUCCUGAAGAACUUCCCCUCGCUGCUGGGCACGGGGGAGUUCGUCAAGCUGCCCUUUGAGCGGCUGGCCUUCGUGCUCUCCAGCAACGGCCUGAAGCACUGCAGCGAGCUGGACCUGUUCAAGGCGGCCUGCCGCUGGCUGCGCUACGACGACGGCCGCAUGGAGCACGCCGCCAAGCUGAUGAAGAACAUCCGCUUCCCGCUCAUGAGCCCGCAGGACCUCAUCAACCACGUGCAGACGGUGGACUUCAUGCGCACCAACAACACCUGCGUCAACCUCCUGCUGGAGGCCAGCAACUAUCAGAUGAUGCCCUACAUGCAGCCCGUGAUGCAGUCAGAGCGCACGGCCAUCCGCUCUGACUCCGCCCACCUGGUGACGCUGGGCGGGGUCCUGCGGCAGCAGCUGGUGGUCAGCAAGGAGCUCCGCCUCUUCGACGAGAAGGCCCACGAGUGGAAGGCGCUGGCGCCCAUGGACGCGCCGCGCUACCAGCACGGCAUCGCCGUCAUCGGCAACUUCCUGUACGUGGUGGGCGGCCAGAGCAACUACGACACCAAAGGAAAGACAGCGGUGGACACUGUGUUCCGCUACGACCCGCGCUGCAACAAGUGGAUGCAGGUCUCCUGCCUCAACGAGAAGCGCACCUUCUUCCACCUAAGUGCCCUCAAGGGACACCUCUAUGCAGUGGGUGGGCGGAACGCUGCGGGAGAACUGGCCACGGUGGAGUGCUACAACCCCAGAACAAACGAGUGGACAUACGUUGCCAAAAUGAACGAACCUCAUUACGGCCACGCGGGCACGGUGUAUGGGGGAUUCAUGUACAUUUCAGGUGGAAUCACACACGACACUUUCCAGAAGGAGCUGAUGUGCUUCGACCCGGACGUGGACAAAUGGACGCAGAAGGCCCCCAUGACCACGGUGCGAGGCCUGCACUGCAUGUGCACGGUGGCCGACAGACUGUACGUGAUCGGCGGGAACCACUUCCGCGGCACCAGCGACUAUGACGACGUGCUGAGCUGCGAGUACUACUCGCCGGCGCUGGACCUGUGGACGCCCAUCGCCGCCAUGCUGCGGGGGCAGAGCGACGUGGGCGUGGCCGUCUUCGAGAACAAGAUCUACGUGGUGGGCGGCUACUCCUGGAACAACCGCUGCAUGGUGGAGAUCGUGCAGAAGUACGACCCGGAGAUGGACGAGUGGCACAAGGUGUUCGACCUGCCCGAGUCGCUGGGCGGAAUACGCGCCUGCACCCUCACCGUCUUCCCCCCUGAGGACAUGGGCGGCUCGCCAUCGCGGGAGUCACCCCUCUCUGCCCCUUGAGGGAGGAGGGGGGCUCCCCCCCCCCCCUUCCCCUCCCAAAACCUGCCAAGACACUGUUUGCACUUCCUCUUGGGGACUACAUUGUACUGCACCCCAAUGUCCACGUCCACUCCUCCCACC